GUGGAUUAUAUGGCGCUUCGGAAGUUAAAUAACACUAAACACUAAAAAUGGCAUUCUAGAAAACUGUAUUGAUAUGAUCAAUAUGCUAUGCAUAAAAUAAAUAUGACAAAAUAAUUCCGUUUGUGCGGUCUAAUGAAUGUGUUUUAGAAUAUCUCCUGUCACAUGAUGCGGGUCGCGAAUGACUUCACGCUCUGUCAUGGCUGCACGAGACAUAAACAUGCCAGUGGUUCUGUAAUUCAGAGCAGAACACCAGUGCGAUGAUUAAAGCAGCGACCAUAACAAAUCAUUCUGACUUUAGGUCCGCCGUAUGAACUCGGCUGGUCGGUGUUUUGUGCGACAGGUGAAGUGAUAGCGGAGCUGUAAAUCAUAGAAAGGAUCCGAUCAUGCAGACUGAAGCCGUGCUGGAGCAUCACGGCGGCUCACAGAGUUCCUGCAGGACGGGCUCCAAAUCCUGGCAGUACAGAGAUCUGAUGGAGAAGGUGGAUGGGUAUUUAAUGAAGUACACCAAUCUCGUGACUGGAUGGCAGUAUCGAUAUUUUGUGCUCAACAAUGAGGCAGGACUGCUGGAAUAUUUUGUGAAUGAGCAGUCCAGGAAUCAGAAGCCCAGGGGCUCGCUGCCAUUAGCUGGUGCGGUGAUUUCCCCCAGCGAUGAAGAUUCACACACGUUCACUGUCAAUGCCAUCAGCGGAGAGCAAUACAAACUUAGAGCCUCAGAUGCAAAGGAGCGACAGCACUGGGUCAGCCGACUGCAGAUCUGUGCGCAGCACCACACGGAGGCGUUGGGCAAAGAGCUUCAAUGUCAAAAUCAACACCAGCUUUCCAGCAUUGAAAUCUCUCCUUUAGUGAUCCUUGAAAAUACAGAUUUGGAUCAAAAUGAGACAAACCCACCACUUCAGACCCGUAGUCUCUCCAUGGCGUCUCAGGGCAGUGGCAGCUCUCCAGGAUCUCAACACAGGGUCAACCAGAACUCAAACGCCCUGCUGGGCCUGUCCCAGCUGCAGCGCGGCUCAUCUCUUUACUCCAGCAGAAAGUCUCUGCUGCCUGAUCACUUGCUGGAGGCCAGAGAGAUGAUGAGCCAGGCACAGGGCCAGCACAGAGACUUGAUCCAGAGUAUUGAGGGUCUGCCCUCCUCCCAGGGACCCUCUCCCUUGGACCAAGACUUGCUGCUGCUGAAAGCCACCUCUUUGGCUACCAUGACCUGCCUCAGCGACUGCCUGCAUAUCCUGCAGCUGCAACAAGUGGCUCGGCAGAAAGCUCCUCUUGGUGGCCAUGCCCUCGAGUGGCUGGAACCAAAACUUCCUGACAUCCUGAAGAAUGGAGGGACGCUACCCAGCAUCACCAAAGAUGAUGAUAAAACAGAGGGAACCAUUCUGGAACCUUUAGAAAUGGACUCCUGUGAUAUUGCUUGGGAGCAGGAGGAGAUUGAUGCCACACAAGAGGUAGAUGAUUCAACUCCGGCCGAGGAGGAGGAACUGGGUGCUGUUGAAGAGGAGCGCAGCAUCAUUCUGCACCUCCUCUCUCAGCUCAAACUGGGCAUGGACCUCACCAGGGUGGUCCUGCCUACUUUCAUUCUGGAGAAGCGCUCCCUGUUGGAAAUGUAUGCAGAUUUCAUGUCCCAUCCGGACCUUUUUGUCGCCAUCACUGAUGGCUCCAGCCCAAUGGACCGCAUGGUCCGUUUUGUGGAGUAUUACCUCACUUCCUUCCACGAAGGUCGCAGAGAUGCCAUUGCCAAGAAACCCUACAACCCCAUCAUCGGAGAGACCUUCCACUGCUCUUGGAAAGUACCCAAGGCGACGACACCUCCAACAGCGGUUUCGAAAGAAGGGACCUCAUGUGCGUCAGACUGCUACAGUGUCCGCUUUGUAGCUGAGCAGGUUUCCCAUCAUCCACCUGUGUCGGGCUUCUAUGCAGAAUGCCAGGAGAGACAGAUGUGCGUCAACACGCAUGUGUGGACCAAGAGCAAGUUCAUGGGCAUGUCCAUUGGCGUCUCUAUGAUCGGAGAAGGUAAUCUACACCUAUUGGAGCACGGUGAAGAAUACACCUUCAGUCUGCCCUCUGCUUACGCCCGCUCUAUCCUCACUGUGCCCUGGGUGGAACUGGGAGGAAAGGUCAAUGUCAACUGCACCAAAACAGGCUACUCUGCAGUCAUCACCUUCCAGACAAAGCCUUUCUAUGGGGGCAAGCUGCACAGAGUGAAUGCGGAGGUCAAACACAACCCCACCAAUUCCGUGGUGUGCCGAGUACAGGGUGAGUGGAACGGCGUGCUGGAGUUUACCUACACCAGCGGGGAGACACGUGUCGUAGACGUUACCAAACUCCCAGUCACCAGAAAAAGAGUACGGCCCAAUGAGCUGCAAGGACCCUAUGAAUCUAGGCGACUGUGGCAGCAUGUGACGGAGUCUCUGAAGGAAAGGGAUAUGGAUAAAGCCACAGAACACAAGCGUUUCCUGGAGGAAAGGCAGAGGAAAGAGGAAAGGCAUCGCGCAGAGACACAGACAGCAUGGAGGACCAAAUACUUUGAGCGCAAAGGUGAAGGCUGGGUGUAUUGCCAACCACUAUGGAAAACGGCGGCCCCUAGCUCUUCCCCAGUCUCCUCUCCACAAAACCCAUGACCUCUGACCUUUUAAGACCUGAGUCCAGGCAUUGUACAGCAUCCUGCUGCAGUAAACCUCUGCUCCGGUGUGCCCUCUCUCACUGAUGAAGACAUACACUCUCCUUUGUAUGAUUCCUGAAACAAAUCUUCAGUUUGAGUGUUUGUAACACGCUUUGUGGACUUGCGGGUUUGCACUCUGAUGUUCAUAUUUUGCAUCCCUUGGUGGUAAGAUUUUUGUAGAACUACACAGUGAAUGAUUUCUUCAAUCCGCACACAGAUAUUGUUUGUUGAUGUUGCCUUAACGAGUGUCGUAUGUAACGAGGGCUGAGUACAGUGUGACAGCUCUUAACAUGGGAUUGUCUUUGAGGUGAACUUCUUAAUCUUACCAUACUUUGGUGUUGACCACGGUACGGUCAACGUUUUCUGAUUCUUUUAAAAUCGUACUGACUUAUCAUGAUUUAUAUGAUAUCAAAUGAAAUGCAGGAUUGGGGGAGCUCAUUGAAGAAAGUGGGGUUCAAAAGGACAGACAGCUAGCUGCGUUGAUAACUGGUGAGAUGCAAGUAGUUAUUUCUUAGCCAGACGCAGCUGGAGUCCCGAUGAGAGAGAAACCAUUGGCUUGGCUUUCGUAUCAUGCUGUCUUUUUCUCAUUCUCGCUCUGGUAAAUGAAGCUUGCAGGUGCUAUACACAAAAUCUUGGCCAGAUGGAAGUGUUCGGGUUGAGGCCUGCUCUUCUGUUUCUGCUUGAUGUUCAGUGAACAAUUACAUUGGCUUUUAUUUCAGAGAGAUUUUAAAGGUAUACCCCCCAAAAUUUCUGUCUUCACCCUCAUUUAAAAUCUAUAGGAAUUACUUUCUUCUGUGGAACACAAAGAUAUUUGUUAAAUAUAUGUUUUUGUUUUUUUUGUUCAUACAAUGAAAGUCAAUGUGGUCCACAGUAGGAUAUACAGGUUUAUAAUGACACAAAGUUGAAUUAAUGUAACCGAAUUUUCAUUUCUGGGUGAACUAUUCUUUUAUGCUUAUGUUGGGCACUUUAACAGUUUAAACCUAGAAAAGAGCUAGUUUUAUAAUCUUCUCUAUAUGCACAGUAAUAUGUGUAAAUGCAACCUGAUUAGACAGUAUUAUUGGGGAUAAAGUAAGCUCUGUCAGACACCAAUCUGAUCAGUCAAAGUUAUGCAGUUUAAUUUCAUGACUUCGGACUGCUACGCUCCACUUUGAUUCUACCUCGAUUGACAUUGACAACAUUGAUUUUUAAAGGGUAAAUUACCCAAAAAUCACAAUUUUAGUUGACUCACCCUCGUGUUGUUCUAUGUAGUCCAUAUAACUUGUGAGCUACAUUACAAGUCUUCUAAAGUCAUGCAAUGCUUUUAAAUUUCAGUCUGAAUAACAGACUGAAAUUUAAGCUAAUAACUGAUAUUUGGCUUUGAGUUCAAUAGUGGCACAUUUAGAUGCUUAGAUCUAAAUUAGCUUAGAUUUCAGUCUUGCUGCUGAAAAAAAACCCCACCUAAAUCUUAGUUUGUCUGACUGUAAGACCAGCUAAGAACACCGAACUAGGUUAGGCUGGUUUUUCAGAAGACGUUGUAUGCAAGUUUUAUAGAGCACUUUUAUGGUGUUUUAUGGGAUUCUGAGGUACAAGUCACAAUUCACUUCGCUUGGAUGGAAAAGAGCAGCUUGGUCAUUCUGCCUGACAUCUCCUUUUGUAUUUUAUGGAAAAUAAGAAAAUAAUAUGGGUUUUGGAACGACAUGAGGGUGAGUAAAACAUUGCAGAAUUUUCAUUUUUGUGCAAAUUGUUCCUUUAAGCACAAUCAGAUGUGUUGAUAGCACCUGUUCCUUGCUAAAGUUUCAAGUUUUAUUAUUAUUUUUUGUCAAAUUUGAGGUUUCAAAGUUCUUUAAGAUUUUGUGUUUAAAUGCUUCAUUGUUCAGUUUGCCAGCAGGGAACAGUUGGAGUGGUGCUGGCUGAAGUGUUGCAUCUCUCAUAUAAUCUCUGCUUCAUCCCUGGCAUUGGUUGCGCUGAGAAACUUGUGGUGCCUUAUUUGUGUUAGUCUUCCUCCAGUUCCACCUCACAGCCAUCAGCUUUCUCAUCAAACAGAGUAAGACUGAAGCCACAGCCUUUGUACAUAUCUUCUUUCAUUUUCCUGUCAGCAGAAUACAGAAUUCCCACGAAGCGUUUGGUACAUCAGCUGUGCUCUCCACUCAAGUCAUUCUGCUGAUCCAUCGACUGCACUGAUGUUUUAAAUACACUCCCCGUAGCCUCAGAAAAUAUGAUUGAAAAAAUAAAAUUGUUAAUAUAUUGGAGGAUGUCAA